GGAGGCACUGGGAGAAGUCUUCUGGUCAGACAGAACAGGGGCUCAGAGCUCCAGGGACCCUGCUAAAAAGCCAGACCGCACCAAAAACCCUUUGUUUGGAGCCUCCAAGCUGGAGUCGGAAAUGGGGUCCCGUGGGUCCGGGCCCACGUCUGUUGAGCAGCACCUCCUCCAGGUUGAGACCCAAGGGAAGAACGGGCUCCAGGCUGUGGGAAGAACACUGCGCUGGUUCACCACUGUGGUUCUGAACGCUGCUUUCCUGGGGAUGGGAGUGAGUGCUGCUGUGCUGGGACCCACAUUUCCGGACCUGGCAAGAAAUGUGAACCGGAACGUCAGCAGCCUUUCAGAAAUCUUCGUGGGCCGAGCCCUCGGCUACUUGUGCGGCUCUGUGGUUGGUGGAGUGCUUUUCGACUGCAUGAAUCAUUUUCUACUUUUGGGGCUGUCCAACCUGCUCACCAUAGCCGGUCUUUACCUCACUCCUUUCUGUAAAACAGCGGCCUUACUGACUACCAUGAUGUCUGUUACCGGUGUCUCCUUUGGUGUUCUGGAUACAGGUGGAAACGUCCUCAUCUUGGAUCUCUGGGGGGACAAAGGAGCCCCACAUAUGCAGGCCUUGCACUUCAGUUUCGCCUUGGGUGCCUUUCUGGCUCCCCUGCUGGCUAAGUUGGCCUGGGGUACAACAACAUCUGCUCAGAACUACACAGAACCCCAAUCAGACCGUUCAGCCUUGAACCAAUCCUUUGAAGCCACCUUAGACUCGGUGUUCGCGGUACCCGAUGACAAGAAUCUGCUGUGGACAUAUGCUUCUAUUGGCACCUAUGUUUUAGUAGUUUCUGUCUUUCUGUUUGCUCCAUUCUUUAAGAAAAACUCAAAACAGAAAAAAUCCGAGGCAUCUGCUCAGGGAGCUCGAAGGGCUAAAUAUCACAGGGCCCUGCUAUGCCUGCUCUUCCUCUUCUUCUUCUUCUAUGUGGGAGCUGAGGUGACCUACGGCUCUUUCGUAUUCUCCUUUGCUAUCACCCAUGUUGGCAUGGAAGAGAGCGAGGCAGCUGGCUUGAACUCCAUCUUCUGGGGAACCUUUGCAGCCUGCAGGGGCCUGGCCAUCUUCUUUGCAACAUUCUUACAGCCUGGAACCAUGAUUGUGUUGUGUAACAUUGGCAGCCUGGUCUCAUGUUUCUUUCUGGUGCUUUUUGACAAGAGCCCUCUUUGUCUUUGGAUUGCGACUUCUGUGUAUGGAGCCUCAAUGGCAGCCACGUUUCCCAGCAGCAUCUCCUGGAUUGAGCAGUAUACCAGCAUAAAUGGGAAAUCUGCAGCAUUUAUUUUGAUUGGCGCUGCCCUGGGACUAAUGGCAACUCCUGCACUAUCUGGAAUUCUUCAAGGCCACUAUCCAGAUCUCCCAGUAGUUCUGUAUACUUGUUUGGGCUCAGCAGUAUUAACGACUGUUUUAUUCCCUGUGAUGUAUAAAGUAGCCACCUUACCUCUGGAUCAAAAGCAGGAGAAAAGCAUCAACAGUGAGGGCCAGAAAACUUUACUUUCUAGCUUUAGGCUAAUCAAGGAAGCUAAAUGAAAGUGGAAGGUGGAAAGGGGUGUGUGUGUGUGUGUGUGUGUGUGUGUGUGUGUGUGUGUGUGUGUGUGCUGUAUGUGCACACAUGCAAUGGAUUUUGCAGUGGUUAAAAUGAAGAAUGAGACAUUCUCUAAUAGAAAUAUAGUAGAAAUGUUUUUUAUAAAACCCACAGCCAAGGUCUCCAAGCUACUCUCCUGAGACACUCUGCAGCCUGUGUCCUCUCCAGCUGACAGUGAGUAUGCAGUCAUGAGCACCAGGUCUCCUGAGACUCCUUACACUGCCCCUAUUGAAGUUAUCUCCCCAACCCAUGAUUCCAGAAAAGAAAAGAAAAGAAAAGAAAAGAAAAGAAAAGAAAAGAAAAGAAAAGAAAAGAAGAGAAAAGAGAAGAGGAGAGGAGAGGAGAGGAGAGGAGAGGAGAGGUUAGGAGAGGAGAGAAGAGAAGAGAAGAGAAGAGAAGAGAAGAGAAGAGAAGAGAAGAGAAGAGAAGAGAAGAGAAGUAUUUUUAAAAUAAAACCCAUGACCUCUAUAAUUCCUGUAAGACAGCUCUGAGAAAUUAAUGUAAUUGCCAGCCAAUUCUUAAUUUCAAUGAAGUGAGACAUGAAACAGAAAUAGCUUUAAGAGUGUACUCUUGAACUGGCGAGAUGGCUCAGCGGUUAGGAGCACCAACUGCUCUUCCAGAGGUCCUGAGUUUAAUUCCCAGCAACUACACUGUGGCUCAUAACCAUCUGUAAUGAGAUCUGGUGUAUCUGAAGACAGCUACAGUGUAUAUAAAAUAAAUAAAUAAUAAAUACGUAAAUAUUCAAAAAAAGAGAGAGAAUAUGCUCCUAUUGUGAACAUGGAACCAUCUAAUAUAUUUAAUAAUAUACUCUGGUUCUAAUUUUCUGAGAAGUGAUUUUUAAAGCUAUAUUUCACCAAUUCUAACUAUAAAAUUAUGAUACUCCUUAUAAUAAGUGUUGGUUCAACAUUGCAGCAAGGCUAAUCAACAGUUCCCUGCAUCUUCAUAUAUAAAAUGUUGAAUCUCAUGAUUUGAUCCAAGAAAACAUCACUAUUUACUGUAUUAAGAUUAUGAAGACACCUAGUUCAACAUUAUUUUUCUAUUAUCUUUGGCAUGUGUCUGUUGUACAUAACACUGGGUUUCAUCAGAGCUGGGAGCUGGAGACUACACAGUGUCUUUUCAGGCCCUUGAACUACUCUACAGCUUGGGUUUGUGCUUUAUUAUUUCCGGGUUUGAUUCUUACUGGUUUUGAGUCGUAGCUAUGCCAUAAGCAUUGCAAACGUUUGACGAUUUUACUUUUAUUUUUUCCUAUGUCUUUGUGUGCAUGCAUAUGUGUCUGCAUGUUCUCAUGUGUGCAGAUGCCUAGGGAGGCCAGAGGUUGACAUUGAGAGUUUACCUUGAUUGUUCUUCACUAAGGCAAACUGCCUGAAUUGACAAGAUCUCUGACACUCCUGUCUGGCUAGCCACUGUGUCUUAGAGACCCUUGUCUCUGCUCCCUGAGGGUCCCUGCCAUUACAGAAGGACAGCUACAACUAUCUGGGAUUUAGGCAGUGUCUGGAGAUCUAGACUCUGGUCCUCACACUUGAAAGAUAAGUAUUCUAAGCACUGAGCCAUCUCCCCAGCAGCACCGUGUUAAUCUGCAGUUCUCAUCAUCUGAGGCUCCUCUUCCCUGAGUUUAGAGCCCCUGGGAAUGUGAGGAGUGGGUGUGGCCGCAGCCCUAUGAUGGCGCCCAGGACUGCUGCCAAGUCUUAUGACUGGCACCUGACUUCCUCAUAUCCCUCAAGAUAGCCACGUACCUUGAGCUGCAUUGCGCAGAUGCACCACAACGUAAGAUCGGAUGAUGUGACAAAAGUAGUCCUGAGCCAAUGAACGGUGCCUACGUGGACUGGGGUGAUGGGGAGAGGACUAGAGGGUAUAAAGGGGGAUGGCGGAGAGUGGUGGGGCAUUCUUCUUCCUGCACAUUGUUAAGUUCCUGAAUAAACUGCCUUGAGAAGGACA